AUGGAAGCCAAGGCAGAGGUUGAAAUGAAGGGUAAUCGCUCCAAACUGGCGUGUCUUUGGCCGAGACCGAGAAUCCAGAAUGAUGCUUCGAUUAGUCGAGUUGCUUGGUUGAUGCUACUCCUGAUUCUGUCGGUCAAUACAGUUCAUAGCUCAGCUUUUUCGGAUCAAUCCAAGCCCAUGCCACGUUGGCGAGAGCAGCUAGAAAAGCGAACACAACUCCUGGCAUCAAUCGAAAAUACCCCAGACAGAACCACCGUAUUGCAAUCCUUGUCGCACUCCCUUCCACAUUCUGGAGAUUCUACUAAUUCCCUCAGACAAAACCGACGCCGUCAAAAUGAAGCUGGAACGACUCCUCUUGCAAGAGAUUCCAGGGCACAAGACGCAAGCCACAACAACCGGAAAACAAUGACAGCUCACGCGCAGACCCACACAAGCGACUUUCCUCAUCGUGUGCGAAUAGCCGCAUUUGAUUUGUUGAUUGCUCCAACGCCCACUAAGCUUCAACGUGUAGACGAAGAUCUACUGCUUGUGGCGUUGCAAGAGCUCGCCAUAAAGUUCAUGAAGAUGCAGUUUGGAAACGAGGAAAUUGCAGCAAACAGAGUCGGAAAAGACACGACCGUCGAGUACGUCCUGUUUUCCGACAUUGAAGGAAACACUUGGAGCGAGGGGCAUUCCGGUCCAAACGACCCUCCAAGAACUAUCUUGGAAUUCAACGGAGGCGUAGCUUCUUUUGUGGGCCCCAAUAUUCCAAGUGAAGACGAGGUCAACGAAUGGGUAGAGACUGCUGUCAACGGCCUCUUUGUUUCCACCUUGACAGAAACACCGUACAGCUACGUAGAGCUUACCCAAUACAUGUCGGAGUCUCUAACCAACGAGGCUUUGCAGCCAGCCGAUAUUGUGGUGAAUGUCGCCGAAACGGAUGCCCCAAAGCCGAUCCAGCAACCAGUCCAGGAGCCAAUUUUGCAAAGCACCACUCCCUUAGACGGGGAGCCCGGGACAGCUCUGUUCAACAUCCUUGUUUCCCUUCUUGUGGGGUUUGUGGUCAUCGCUUUACUCUUGGUAUUAUGGAUCCGGUGGAACAAUCGAGCAGUACGAAUAUUGUGUCUCAGUGGCAAGGACAACGAGGAGGUCGUUGACUUUACUGAUGAUGACCAAAUCUCCAUUGCUCACAACGAAACCGCAGCCCCGCGUACGAACCCGGAAAAGUGCACCGACAACAACGAUGACAACGCCGAUACAGAUGAUACUGGGCCCGCUGAAGGUCACAAGAAAAUUUCGUUUGCUAAACUGAACAACAGCGACGAGCAUUCUUCAACUAGUUCAAUUUCUGAAUUGACCAUUCCCGCGGUGUCUGCGCUGUCAUUUCAAACGCCAAAUCCUUUCACGAAGAACAUGGCGUCGCGUGAAAGCUUUCAAAAAGAAAGGGAGAAGAACUAUCUAUCAAAAGAUAUGCUGUACUCCUCAUGGGCAGGGAAAGCUCCAACGAUCCCUUCCACACGUAAGCGAGACCACCGAGACCACAGCGUGUUACAAAGUUCUUACUUUUCUGCCAAGAAAGAACGUGAGGCAAUGGCAUGGAUGACCAACACGACCUCGAGUUUCGAACGGCGAUCAGCGCCCGGUGGAGGAAGCGAGGAAGUUGAGGAAUUCCAAUUUGAAGCAGCAAACGAAAAGGACGAUAACGACGGCCAACCGGACGGGCUGUACACAAUCACAGACAAGAUUCGAAGAUCUAGGCAGGUGCUAGCAAAUCAAGGAUCAGGAUCAAGGGGAAGGGAGUCGUCUGACUUUGUGUAG